CAUGAAUGAAGCGCACAUUCUUCUUCCUGUUUGUGUUUCUCAGUCAGUUGUUGAAGCGUCGAGAAGUGUGUGUUCCUCUGAAGAUCGAAGAGCUGUCGGUUCAGCUGGACGCAUGGAGGGCCGUCACACAAACCAACAACCCUCCAUCUGAGUGUCAAAGAGAAGAGUUCCGCCUCCUGGAGAGGAGACUCCGCCCCUCAGACUCUGUGUUGGUCCUGGUUGGAGCAGAUUACGUCACCGGCUCGAACCUGCCCAGUCACUCAGAUGUCCAACUGUCCUGUUUCACUGGACACAGAAUCCAGGGUCCAGUCUUUGUGUUGGAGGACAGGAAGUCUGCCAUCUCCCUGAACGACGCUCUUAUGUGGGCUAAAGUGAACCCCUUCAGUCCACUGGGAACUGGACUGCGCAUCAACCCCUUCUAACGCCCGUCAUAGAGGAGGAG